UUUCCUUUUCUUGGUCUCGAAGUUUCUGAUAGCGAAACCCUUUUUUUUUUCUUGUACGAUCGAAGAGUUCGAACUUUGAAGUGAACUACCCUCGCUUUCUUGGACUGCAAUUCACUUUCUGUCUUUGCAGUAUCAAGACUAUAAAGAAGGGGUAAAAAGCACGAGCAGCCACAUCUGGGGCAGAUGUCAGGGAAGUUACUGAACCAGUCCAUUCAUAACUUAUACAGUUGUCCAAAGAUGAAUGGAAUCGUUUUGCCCCAUCGACUGGUACAAAGCCAAAUAGAUUUUCAGAGUGAUUGGCGUAAAGAUCCCAGGAUUUUGCAUGUUCGUAAAUUCGUAAGAGACAAAAUGGUAGAAAUUUUUCUGCGGCAUCCAAAAGCUGAUGAGUUGGGGUCAAGUAUAUAUCCUACUGUGAACCAAUUGGAGAACCUUCUGUUUAUAAAGGCCACUUCAAUGGAGGAAUAUAUGGAUCAGGACACCCUGAUUCAUCGGGCUCUGAUUAUGGUGGGAACACAAAAUGAUGAUAAUCAUAGUCAACCAGUAGCGCAUUGCUUUAGUCCCAGCUUUUCGAACGCUAAUAUGAUGAUGCCAAGUCCAGUAUUUUCAAACAGUAGUUGCAACUCAAAUUCACCAGAGUCUCCUUCUGUUGAUCUUUCAGUAACCACAGGCACUAUUUGUGAUUUGUUGGUGACAGACAACAGAUCUUUACCUGAUGGAUAUAAUCAGCAGUUAGCUGAUUUUUCCUCUGAUUGUGGUCAAAAUAGUAUGCUUUCACCAAAGAGCAGAUUGCAGGUUGCUAGCAAGGACUCGUUAAAUCAGAAUUUAUUUGAUCAAGUGGACUCUUUGAGGAGUUGUAGCAUGUCUCAGAGCCAGCCUCCCUUACAUAGGUCUCCGAAUAAAGCUUUUAAUGAUGGAUCAGCCUUUACUGGGAGCAAUGUACAAUACGUUGAUGGGCCAGUGCCAGCUUCUGAGAGUUAUCUGAAUUUCUCUAGAAGUGGCAGUUCUUCAGAAUCUCGACAUCUUGGUUUGUAUGGACAUCAUCAACUGAUGCAGGGUCAUAAAGUGAAUGUGGCAAGGUCUUUGGGUUCGGUUAAUAACCAAAAUGCGUAUCAUCUGAAUAGUCAAAAUCUGAGUCAUCUGGGCCUUCAGUCUGAAUUGAGGGAAAGGAUGUCGAGGCUGCCCAUUCCAAGCCUGAAUACUACACAACAGUCUCCACAGCACAUGCCCGAAACAUAUGAUGUUUUGUCCCAGUUAAAUGACCGAGAGCUGAGUAUUGGUACUGGGAAAUUAUUCCAAUCUCAACUGCUUAUGAAAAACCUUCAAGAGUUCCAGCAGCAGCUGCCUAAUGAGACAUAUGCACAGUUUAACCAGCCAUCUAAGGCUCACCUACCUGGUGACCCUGGUGGCCAAACACCUGGGAUAAGGUCAAACAAUGAUGAAGGAUUGCAACUUGAAGUUCUUGGACAGUAUAAUUUUUGUGAGUCUCAGAGCAUGCAACAGCAGCCUUUGGAACAGGAUCCUAGCAUGUCAGAUACUUUUUUUCACUUAGAAUCACACAAACUAGUACAAGGGCAUCAUCUGUCUCAGCAGAAUGCUCUAUCUUUGGAAGAUUUUGUUGGGGUUCAAAACAUUUCAUUCGAAAGAUCAGCAGUUUUCUCAUUUACAAAAGGAGCUGCUGGAUCCAGAAAUACAUGUAGUGAAUUGGAGUAUCUGCAUGAGUUUCUGUUGUAUGCCCAUAAUGGAAUUUCCUCUGCUCCUGAUUAUAUCAAACCUCUGUUGAAGCAUAUAAAUUUCUGUCAGAAUGACAAUUGUAACUGUCUAUUGUUCCGGAAACUGUUGUUGCAUCACCAUUAUUGUCGCAACAAUGCCUGUCAUCUUUGUGGGCCUAUUCGAGGGGAAAAUGAUUCGCAUACAUUUGACUGCAGUUUGAAAAGAUCAAGCGAAGGCUCCCAACAUACUGUUAAUAAUGGAGAUACUGGAAGCUUUGCAAGCAAAACUACAGAAGAUAUACAACCCCCUCUGAAACUUAUGAAGUCAGAGGAUUCAUCUCUAUUGUUUUCCUCCAAGAUUGUAGCCUCGGAAGCAUUAAGUUCUCUCAUCGAUCAACCUCAUGCUUCUCAAGGAAUUGAACGAAUGGAAGAACAGCUUGAUGUACCUAUAUCUGUUAAUCCUGAGGCCACAAAGGUGCAGACGCAAUUUUUUAAAAGUCCGAUUCAGGAGAUAAUGAAUAUUGGUGACACUAGACAUUGUGAUCCAAAGGAAUCUCAUAAAGUGGAGCAUGAUUGUGAUCCCGUUAUUUCUGAAGAACUUGUUACCUGCAUUACACCUGUGGACAUACGGGAUCAAACCAAAUUUGACCAGUUCAAGCAAGAAAAAGAUGAAAUUAUGACAGAAGCUGAGCAUGUCAGAAUGACAAAACUGGGAAAGCCAGGGAUGGAUGGUGUAUCUUUGACUGAACUAUUCAAUGAAGAGCAAAUUAAGGAGCAUAUCUAUAGUCUCAGACAGUGGGUUGCUCAGGGAAAAGCAAAAGUGGAUGAGAACCAUGCGAUGGCACAUUCUACAGGUGAAAAUGCAUGCCAGUUGUGCAGAAAGGAGAACCUUUCGUUCGAGCCUCCUCCGAUAUACUGCUCAUUAUGUGGUGCGCGUAUCAAGCGCAAAGUGAUGUACUACACUGCACCAGAUGGCAUUAUCCGUCACUGUUUCUGUACCUUAUGCUAUAAUGAGAAUCGUGUCCAGAGUAUCACUGUUGAUGGGCACAAUCUUCGCAAAGUAAGUCUGCAGAAGAAGAAGAAUGAUGAGGAAACUGAAGAAUCGUGGGUCCAAUGUGACAAGUGUCAAGGUUGGCAACAUCAGAUAUGUGCCCUCUUUAAUGCUAAAAGGAAUGAGGAGGGGAAAGCUGAAUACAUAUGCCCGUAUUGCUAUUUGCAAGAGCUGGAAUGUGAAGAGCGAAAACCCUUGGGGGAUCAUGUUCUUCUUGGUGCUAAAGAUUUGCCAAGGACUAAGCUUAGUGAUCACAUAGAGAAAAGACUCUUUAUGCGUCUUAAGCAAGAGAGAGAAGGGAGAGCAAAUGUUAAGGGAAUGAAUUUUGAUGAGGUACCUGGAGUGGAAGGACUUGUUGUCAGAGUGGUUUUAUCUGUUGACAAGAGAUUAGAAGUGAAGCAGAAUUUUCGGGAUACCUUUCGGGAGGAGGAGUACCCAGCAGAAUUCCCUUAUAGAUCAAAGGUCAUUCUCUUGUUUCAAAAGAUUGAAGGGGUAGAAGUAUGCCUUUUUGGAAUGUAUGUCCAGGAGUUUGGUUCGGAUUGUUGUUACCCAAAUAAACGCUGUGUUUAUCUCUCUUACCUCGAUUCUGUCAAGUACUUCAGGCCAGAGAUUAAAUCUGUGACUGGAGAGGCUCUCCGUACCUUUGUUUACCAUGAAAUAUUGAUAGGAUACCUAGAUUAUUGCAAGAAACGAGGCUUCUCACGCUGCCAUAUAUGGGCCUGCCCCCCUUUUAAAGGUGAAGAUUAUAUUUUAUAUUGCCAUCCAGAGAUUCAAAAGCUGCCGAAGUCCGAUAAGCUGCGGGAAUGGUAUCUGACAAUGCUAAGAAAAGCAGCCAAAGAAAAUAUUGUAGUGAAUGCCACCAACUUAUAUGAUCACUUCUUUGUUCCUGACGGGGAAUGCAAGGCUAAGAUAACAGCUGCCCGAUUGCCAUAUUUUGAAGGUGACUAUUGGCCUGGAGCUGCUGAAGAAAUGAUCUAUCAUUUUAAUCAAGGAAUAGCUGAAGGAAAACCACAGAGCAAAGGAAAGAUGUUUGUAUCAAGGAGGACUCUAAAAGCAAUGCGUCAGACUGAUAUAUCUAAAAAUGCCACCAAAGAUAUUCUCCUAAUGCAAAAGCUUGGGGAAACCAUCCUCCCAAUGAAGGAAGACUUUAUAAUGGUCCACUUGCAGUAUGCUUGCACACACUGCUCUGAGGUUAUCAUUUCCGGGAACCGUUGGAUUUGCAAGCUAUGCAAAAAAUUUCAGCUCUGUGAAAAUUGUCAUGAUAUGGAAAAGAACCUUGACGAAAGGAAAAGACAUCCCUUCAAUAGUAAGAGGAAGCAUGAACUAUCUCCAGUCGAGGUGAAUGAUGUGCCUUUCGAUACAGAGGAUGAGAAUGAUAUUCUAGAUAGCGAGUUGUUUGAUAAUCGCCAUUCCUUCCUGACCUUCUGUCAAGGGAACCAUUAUCAGUAUGAUACACUUCGGCGGGCCAAACACUCCUCAAUGAUGAUCCUCUACCAUCUUCACAAUCCAACAACCACACUUGCUGCCAUCAUCACAUGCAGCAUUUGUCAUAAUGAUAUUGAGCAGGGAGAGAGCUGGCACUGCAAAGUCUGCCCUGAGUUCGAAGUGUGUGCUGUAUGCUAUCAAAGAGAAGUUCAUGCUCACAAGUUGACAAGACACUCAUCCAUGGUUAAUCAUAAGAGUCACACUAAAGAGGCUCGGAAGAGAAAAGCUUUAUGGAUAAAGCGAGUGCUGGAAGUUCUGGAUCAUGCCUCACGCUGCCUUCUGGGCCGUAGCAACCCCUGUAGCUAUCAGCAUUGCAUGAAAAUCAAAAAACUAUUCUGGCAUGCAAGGGAUUGCAAGAUCCGUGUCACUGGGGGUUGUAAACCUUGUAGAAAAAUUUGGUUGAUCCUGAAGUUUCACGUACGCAACUGCAAACAGUCGGAAUGCCCUGUGCCACGUUGCAUGGAUCUGAAGAAACAUGUAACAAGGCUUCAAUUGCAGUCAGAUACUCGGAGAAGGGCUGCAGUAACAGAGUUGGUAAGACAGCAGGCAGCAGCUGAGAUUGCAGGUAGCAGUGGGGAACCCAAUUGUACAAUUAGUCAUGGGAUUAAUGAUAACAGUAACAACCUGUUGCUGCCAGAAGAAAAAAGAGGGGUGGUUGAGUUGAAACCAUAGUUGCAAAAAUUGGCCAAUGUUGACAAAUAAUUAUAGAAAAGGGUUCAAUAGUUCUAUUAUCAUAAACAAUGGGGGGAUAAUUUUUCAUCUUGACCCAUAUCUAACUCAUAUACCAUAUACAACAAUGCAAUACAGGGGAAGUAAGGGCACUUUUACAGAAAAAAAUCUAUCCUCUUUCCGUUUCUCUUUUUUUGGGGCAGGUGGGGGUGUUUGGCUCGGGUCGUCCUUUUUUUAUUUUUUUAUUUUUUUAUUUUUAAUGCCCAAUUGUAUUAUCCAUUUGGUUCCAAUUUUUGCAACAAUGGCUAGCCUGCUGUAGCUAAAUCUAAUUUUUGGGAAUGCACCAAUGUGACGGGUGAAUUGGAACACUGUAUAGGUUCAUAAUAAAUAUUGUUGAAAUACAUUUUUGGUGUUCUUGGUUUAUCAUCAUUUUUGUAGUUUUAUGCAACUCCCUGAAGGGGAUAUAUAUUGUAAGUAUUAACUGCCAAUUGUUAUAGUGUUUUGAUGCAA